AUGACUUCAUUGAUCAGAAGUGAUCGCCCGAAAGAAUUGAGGUUAUGUCGCAAUACGCAGGCCAAAAAAGCAGAUCUAGUCGAUGGAAUGUUGGAUGCAACUAUGGUGGAUGAACUAGCUGUCUGUCCAAUAUGUUUGGACGAGAUCACUGAUUCCAUUGCGACUCUGAAGCCAUGUAACCAUCAAUUUCACAAGGAUUGUAUAAGGAAAUGGCACACAUAUGCUGAUGAUCUGAAAUGCCCUAUAUGUAGAAUAGAGUCAAAACACUUGGAAAUGGGGUACAAGCUUGGUGGCUACCAUAAAAAUAUUAAAAUUAACUUAGAAAAGGGAUUCAACAUUAAGAUCACCAUUGAACAGGCUGAGGACCACUCACUUCCCGAACUUAUAGAACAAUUUGGUUCAAUACAUUUGAAUAAUCAAUCCAGCUUGAUUAGAGAUGCAAGGUGUGUUUUUUGCGAUAUCUGUGGGCAGGAAUGCUCAGGAAGGGAUGAUCAGUAUUGCGAGCAAUGUGAUUCGCACUAUCAUGAAGAAUGUCUCAGAUCAUUGGCAUGUGAGGUCGGCGAUAGAGAAAGCUGGCAACAGUGCAUCGGGUGUAGAAAUUUGGUGAUCAAGGGAAAUACAAGGACAGAUGCACAUCCCCAUCUCUUUGAUCAACGAAUAGUGCGAGAGCAGGCUUUGGAGUAUCCAGGGAAUAGUGCAGCUAGAAUGGUCAGUGCCAGUGAAGAAGAAUUAAGUAGGCUUCUAAAUGUCAAAACAAUGAUUCAAACACAUGUUCGGGGCGUUUUGAAUGAAUAUUAUCAAUCUGGGGUUGACGGUAUAAAGAUCAAUAAACGACAUUUCACUGAAGUGAACAAAACGGUUUCUAGGAGAUUAUACAGACUUUCUAAAUAUAGGUAUCAGGAAGAUCUAAUCAACUAUGAUACUGAAGCCAAGAGACAGGUUCAUAUAGAAUUAUGUAGGUUGGGCUAUGUUUAUAUUUAA